AUGCAUAAAUAUUUCUUGAAGCACAAUAAUAAACUUGUACUUGCUGACUUGUUGUUUAUUCAUUUAUCUCUGCCACAGGAUGAAGAGAUUUCCUGUUUCAGAGACAUCAAACCUGCAGCUCCUCACCACUACCUGGUCGUCCCAAACAGACACGUAGGGAACUGUAAAUCACUCAGCAAAGAACAUGUGCCUUUGGUGAAGCAGAUGGUUGAGAAAGGGAAGGAGAUCUUACAGAAAAACAAUAUUACCGACCUCAGUGAUGUCAGGUUCGGUUUCCAUUGGCCCCCAUUCUGUUCUGUUGCACAUUUACACCUUCAUGUCCUGGCACCUGCCAGCCAAAUGGGCUUCAUGUCCCGCAUAUUCUAUAGGCUCAAUUCCUAUUGGUUUAUCACGGCAGAGCAGCUGAUUGAACUUCUCAACUCUAAAGACUGACCUUGCUGUACUCGGCUGGGAUGCAGCGACUGCAACAUCCACCCUCUUGCAGUUGUCAUGUUGGCUGUCACACACCCACAUUAGGUUGCUGCCUCUUUGAACACAGCAAAAGAUAUUUGUAUUUCCAUGAUGUUUGUAAUAAGUGACUACUUAGGUUUUUAGUUUUGUGAAUACACUUCACACUUAAAGCCAAAGUGAAAGCUUUAACAAAGCCAAAUAUUGUGUCUUGCUGCUUGAGACUUCAACACAUGUUUUUCUAAUUUUACAGAAGAAGAAGUGAAUUAUAUUAACUUUAAUCCACCCAAAGAUAAAAAAUGAUUCACUGUAUGGACCAAGUUACAGUGUGAUUCAGAUCUUGUUGUUGAAGGCAGUCUUUUUCUACUGAGAGGACUGGAGAGAUGAAUUGAACAAUAGAUUUACUGAGAUCAUUAUUAUUUCACAGCUAGAGAAGUGAUGAUUCAUAAACCGGUUUCUUGUCGUGCAGCACUGCCCAAGUGCCUCACAGAUUUGACUUUAUAGGUGUAUAAACUGGAAUGUAUUUUUAAAGAUCAAUUCAUAUAAAUCAUAUAUUGAGAGAUCAGACAGCUGUUCACUCUGACGCAGUAUGUGACAUCUUCAUUCACAAUUGACAAGGCUCUAAAUGAAAUGAUUUACUCAUCGAUUGAAUUGAAGAAAUGUCCUAUAACUCUAUAAAGGUUAAAUAUGAACUAGCUAGAUUGUGCAUGUUGUAACUACUAAUGCAGCUGUAUUAUACUCUACAGUAUUAAUGUAUUACUGGAAUGUGAAGAAAUCCUACUGUAUAAAUGUGUAUGCACUUUCAGAAAUGUUGAUUUAGAAUAAAUAAUUUAUUGCUUCUUC